UUUUGCUUAUAUUUUGCAUUGGUCCAUCAUGAUCUGCUUCUGUUCCUUGCAGUAUUUGAAGAUGCAGAUCUCAACCUAGUCAUCCCAUCUGCCCUCUUUGCAGCUGUGGGUACAGCAGGCCAGAGAUGCACAACUGCUAGGAGGCUGUUUUUGCAUGAAAGCAUCCAUGAUCAAGUAGUAGAAAAACUCAUGAAGGCAUAUGCUCAAGUCCGUAUUGGAGAUCCAUGGGAUGCAAACACCCUGUACGGUCCUCUUCAUACAAAGCAAGCAGUUAAGAUGUUCCUUGAUGCAGUGGAAGUGGCCAAACAACAAGGUGGCUCUGUUGUCUAUGGUGGGAAGGUUAUAGAACGUCCUGGAAACUAUGUUGAACCAACCAUUGUGAUUGGCCUCCCUCAUAAUUCUCCAAUUGUGCACACAGAGACAUUUGCUCCUAUUCUCUAUGUGCUCAAAUUUAAGACAGAGGAAGAAGCUUUUGGUUGGAACAAUAGUGUGAAACAAGGCUUGUCCAGCAGCAUCUUCACCAAGGAUUUGGGCAGAAUAUUCCGAUGGCUAGGCGACCAUUCAAAAACACAGUGGUGCCGGACAAAAGGACGUGAGACACAUGCCCAAGGAGGUAAUAAACACACGGGUGGUGGAAGAGAAUCUGGUAGUGAUUCAUGGAAGCAGUAUAUGAGGCGAUCCACUUG